CUGACGUUUUUCAAAAUUUUCGACAGAAUUGUUGGACAACUUACAAACUGGACCCAUUACAUUAUUACACAGCGCCCGGUCUGUCGUUUGAUGCAAUGUUAAAGUGUACCGGCAUCGAGCUCGAGCUUCUCACUGAUAUAGAUAUGAUUAUGUUUAUAGAAAAAGGUAUCCGAGGUGGUGUGUCGCAGUGUUCGAACAGAUACGCAAAAGCCAACAACAGAUAUAUGGGAGAGGCAUUCGAUCCACAAGUCGAAGAAUCUUAUCUCAUGUACUUCGAUGUUAACAAUUUGUACGGUGCUGCUAUGAGCUUUGCUCUGCCAUACAGUUCCUUCGAAUGGGUAUCAGACUUCAGACAAUGCGACGUUCUUACCAUCUCGGACGAUGCAGAGUUCGGUUACAUAUUAGAGGUAGAUUUGGAAUAUCCUGCGGAACUGCAUGAAAUGCAUAAAGAUUUACCACUGUGUCCGGAGCACUACAUACCUCCGAUCUCGAGAAUUGAUUAAUAAAUGAUUCCAGCUUCCCGCAAUUCUUCGAGAAUCGACAUAAUUUCGUUGCUGUGACUUGUAUUCCCAGCCGCUUGAGAUGCCGUAAGCAAACGAAGACGUUCCACCAACUCGUUUGCGUCGUCCCAGAAAAUAUAAUCUGUUUUAACACCCUGUCGUGUAACCCAAGCCUGAGGUAGCAAAACACCUUUGC